AUGGAUCAGUGUGAGGACAGAGAGGAGGGAGACCCUCCCUCUGAAACCACUCUGUGUGAGGAACAUGACGGCCAGACCAAAGCUCAGAGGAAGCUGGAAAAACCUGAACCCAGCUGUGUAUCCAUGAAGAGUGACAGGUCUAUGCAUCAACCUAUAUUCUUCAAAGAUGAACGCCACCCUGUUGAUCAAAGGAGGAAGUUGGAAAAACCUGAACCCAGCUGUGUAUCCAUGAAGAGUGACCGGUCUAUGCAUCAACCUUUAUUCUUCAAAGAUGAACGCCACUCUGUUGAUCAAAGAGUGGACCAGGAGAACUCAGAGGUUCCCGGUGGUCACUCUGCCCAGCAGCAUCAAACACUGGACUCCAUAUUUGUGCUGCUGGAGAAAAAUAUCAUCAUUUUUGUGAAGAAUGAGCUAAAGAAGAUCCAUAAGGUUCUGAGCUCAGAUUAUACAGAAUGCUUAGAGGACCAGUGGGAGGAUGAGGAGGUGUUGGAGGGUGAGGAUGAGGAGCAGAGGAGGAGAAGCAGAGAGGAGUUUCUGAAGAUCACACUUCACUUCUUGAAAAGAAUGAAGCAGGAGGAGCUGGCUGAAUGUCUGCAGAGCAGAACUCGUGCUGCAGUGUGCCGACGUAAACUGAAGUCCAACCUGAAGAAGAAGUUCCAGUGUGUGUUUGAGGGGAUCUCUAAAGCAGGAAACCCGACCCUUCUGAAUCAGAUCUACACAGAGCUCUACAUCACAGAGGGAGGGACUGCAGAGGUCAAUGAUGAACAUGAGGUCAGACAGAUUGAAACAGCAUCCAGGAAACAGGACAGACCAGAAACAACAAUCAGACAAGAAGACAUCUUUAAAGCCUCACCUGGAAGAGAUAAACCAAUCAGAACAGUGCUGACAAAGGGAGUGGCUGGCAUUGGGAAAACAGUCUUAACACAGAAGUUGACUCUGGACUGGGCUGAAGACAAAACCAACCAGGACAUAAUGUUCACAUUUCCAUUCACUUUCAGAGAGCUGAAUGUGUUGAAAGAGAAAAAGUUCAGCUUAAUGGAACUUGUUCGUCACUUCUUUACUGAAACCAAAGAAGCAGGAAUCUGCAGGUUUGAGAAGUUCCCCGUUGUGUUCAUCUUUGAUGGUCUGGACGAGUGUCGACUUCCUCUGGACUUCCACAACACUGAGAUCCUGACUGAUGUCACAGAGUCCACCUCAGUGGAUGUGCUGCUGACAAACCUCAUCAGGGGGAAACUGCUUCCCUCUGCUCGCCUCUGGAUAACCACAAGACCUGCAGCAGCCAAUCAGAUCCCUGCUGACUGUGUUGACAUGGUGACAGAGGUCAGAGGGUUCACUGACCCACAGAAGGAGGAGUACUUCAGGAAGAGAUUCAGAGAUGAGCAGCAAGCAAACAGAAUCAUCUCCCACAUCAAGACAUCCCGAAGCCUCUACAUCAUGUGCCACAUCCCAGUCUUCUGCUGGAUCUCUGCUACAGUUCUGGAUCUGUUGAAAACCAGAGAGGGAGGAGAGCUGCCCAAGACCCUGACUGAGAUGUACAUCCACUUCCUGGUGGUUCAGUCCAAAGUGAAGAACAUCAAGUAUGAUGAAAGAGCUGAGACAGAUCCACACUGGAGUCCAGAGAACAGGAAGAUGAUUGAGUCUCUGGGAAAACUGGCUUUUGAUCAGCUGCAGAAAGGAAACCUGAUCUUCUAUGACUCAGACCUGACAGAGUGUGGCUUCGAUAUCAGAGCAGCCUCAGUGUACUCAGGAGUGUUCACACAGGUCUUUAGAGAGGAGAGAGGACUGUACCAGGACAGGGUGUUCUGCUUCGUCCAUCUGAGUGUUCAGGAGUUUCUUGCUGCUCUUCAUGUCCAUCUGACCUUCAUCAACUCUGGAGUCAAUCUGAUGGAAGAAGAACAAACAAUCUUCCACUGGUUGAUCCUACUACUAAGCAAACCUGAACCAACACGUCUCUACCAGAGUGCUGUGGACAAGGCCUUACAGAGUCCAAAUGGACACCUGGACUUGUUCCUCCGCUUCCUCCUGGGUCUUUCUCUGGAGACCAAUCAGACUCUCCUCAGAGGUCUGCUGACACAAACAGGAAGUAGCUCACAGACCAAUCAGGAAACAGUCAAAUACAUCAAGAAGAAGAUCAGUGAGGAUCUGUCUCCAGAGAGAAGCAUCAACCUGUUCCACUGUCUGAAUGAACUGAAUGAUUGUUCUCUAGAGGAGGAGAUCCAACAGUCCCUGAGAUCAGGACGUCUCUCCAAAGAUAAACUGUCUCCUGCUCAGUGGUCAGCUCUGGUCUUCAUCUUACUGUCAUCAGAAACAGAUCUGGACGUCUUUGACCUGAAGAAAUACUCUGCUUCAGAGGAGGCUCUUCUGAGGCUGCUGCCAGUGGUCAAAGCCUCCAACAAAGCUCUGUAGGUGCUCACAUCACUAUCCAGAUUAAAUGUAGUUUCCAGUGUUCAUAUUUGUUCUCUCAUGUUUUGCUGAUUCCUCUCCAGGCUGAGUGGCUGUAACCUCUCAGAGAGAAGCUGUGAAGCUCUGUCCUCAGUCAUCAGCUCCCAGUCCUCUAGUCUGAGACACCUGGACCUGAGUAACAACAAGCUGCAGGAUUCAGGAGUGAAGUGUAUUUCUGCUGGACUGAAGAGUCCAAACUGCAGACUGGAAACUAUCAGGAUGGACCAUGGUGGACUGCAGUGGUUGAGACCUGGUCUGAGGAAGUAUGUCUGUGAACUGGAACUGGACACAAACACAGUAAACAGAAACCUCAAACUGUCUGACAACAACAGGAAGGUGACAUGUGUGGAGAAGGAUCAGUCAUAUCCUGAUCAUCCAGACAGAUUUGACGACUGGUAUCAGCUGCUGUGUAGAACUGGUCUGACUGGUCGCUGUUACUGGGAGGUUGAGUGGAGAGGAAAGGUUGAGAUAUCAGUGAGUUACAGAGGAAUCAGGAGGAGAGGAAACAGUAAAGACUGUAGGUUUGGAUACAAUAAUCAGUCCUGGAGUCUGAUGUGCUGUCACAGUGGUAGCAGUGUCUACCACAAUAACAGUAAAACAGUCCUCUCCUCCUCCUCCUCCUCUGGUAGAGUAGCAGUGUAUGUGGACUGUCCUGCUGGCACUCUGUCCUUCUACAGAGUCUCCUCUGACACACUGAUCCACCUCCACACCUUCAACACCACAUUCACUGAACCUCUUUAUCCUGGGUUUGGGCUCAGUUCAACUGGUUCCUCAGUGUCUCUGUGUCCUCUGCAGGUCUGAGAGUCUCUCCUGUGGACAGAAACUCAGAAGAUCAGCUGCCAGAAUACACUAAUAUGGGGUUACUUUUGUGUCUUUGUUAUUAUUAAUAAAAUUAUUAUAUGUUUAAUUGCAAAACGUUCCACACUUAAAUCUUUAAAGUUUCGUUUGCAAAUCUAAAAUUUGUGCUUUUUGUUUAAACUUUUGGACUCUAAAGCAAACCAAUUUUUUUCUCCGAAUGACAUUCAUACAUCAUAAUCACAAAUGUAUUUUACUUUCAAUUAAACAUUUUAAUUUCGGUGUUGAGAGUUUUGCAAUCAAAGCCGUUCUAUUUGGCUGCAUAAUAAAGACA